UCUUGACCCAGUCCCGCCGCAGAACAAGCCGCCCUCACCCAAAGGAACACGCGCCAACUAACCCCAACAGCAUCACCUAUCGACACCGAGGUUCUCACCCACCAACCGUCAAAAUGAGAACUUACGAAGACACUUUCUCCGGUGCGAGAAUCUACCCUGGCAAGGGCAAGCUGUUCGUCCGUGGCGACAGCAAGAUCUUCCGCUUCCAGCGGGGCAAGUCCGAGUCGCUCUUCCUCCAGCGCAAGAACCCCCGCCGCAUUGCCUGGACCGUCCUCUUCCGCAGACAGCACCGCAAGGGUAUCACUGAGGAAGCCGCCAAGAAGCGCACCCGCCGCACCGUCAAGUCCCAGCGUGCCAUCGUCGGUGCCUCUCUCGAUGUCAUCAAGGAGAAGCGCUCCAUGAGGCCCGAGGCCCGGUCCGCCGCCCGCCAGGCUGCCAUCAAGGAGUCCAAGGAGAAGAAGGCCGAGGCUGCCGCCGCCAAGAAGUCCGAGAAGGCCAAGGCCGCCUCUGGCAAGGGCCAGACCGGCCGCAUCGUCGGCAAGCAGGGCGCCAAGGGCGCCGCCCCCAAGGUCCAGGCCCGCACCCGCUAAAGCAAAGCAAAAUGAGCCUCGAUGAGAAGAAAUACCACAUCUUUUUCCCCAAAAAAGAAGAAGACCAGACAUUUUUUUUGCGAUCGGGACAAGGUGUUUCUUUUGUUUCACUGACAACAAUGGGGUGCAAAACGGGAUAAAGCAAACGGGUUCACAAUGGAUUUCUUGGGAGACUUUGAGAGAGCUCCUGCUUGACACAAAAAACCAAUCAAGGUCUUCUUGCAUGAAGGUGCAUACGCCCUGGGGGAGGAGAUGAUGGCUUUGUUUGUUGUUGUCGCGACACGGAGUUUUACCCCCAGGGCGGGAUACAAGGAGUAGCGGCGAACGGGACUUGAAUGCCACAUCAUGACGAAUUCACGCAAAGGCAGGACAGAUCUCUCUCCACGUGGCGUGUCGGCAUAGUGGUUGAUGUGCCGCUGGCCGGACGCUCGUGGAACACGGCAAUACAAACAAAAAAACAAAGCAUCAUAUAAA